CAGCUCUGCUGGUUAGUGAGACAUAAGAGUAGAAGGGGAAGGGGAAGGAGAAGGAGAAGAAGAUGGUUUUCAAGCACUUCACCUUCACUCCGGACGACACUUAUCUCGUCAAUGCCCGUCCGGGCUCUCCUCACCCCUUCUUCUCCAUGAUGGUGUCGGCCUCGCCUUCCCCAGAUGCGUGCACCAGCUGCAUCGGCAGUUUCACCUCUGCCACCCAUCGCCGGAGCUCGUCGGCUCCUGUCCAGGACAAGCGUGUCAGAUCUGAAGCUAAAGCUGAAGCAGAAGUGGUGGAUGAAGUCACAGGCCAAAUAUCAGACCACCAUAUUGUAGCGGAAGUUUACAAUGAUGAGGACCAAGCUCUUGGUUUGCGGCCGAGUGUGCUUGCCUUCUGGAGGAGGAUGAGUAGAAGAAGAACGCCGCAGAGUCGUUUCUCCCAUACACCAGGUGAAGAUGUUCAGUUUGGAUCGAUCAAGAGCUUCUCCCUGCGUGAGCUGCAAGUUGCUACCAAUGGAUUUAGCCCAGAGAACAUUCUGCAAACUGGCGUGUUCGGGAAUGUUUAUAAGGGACACCUGGCUGAUGGGUCCUUGGUGGCGGUAAAAAGGCUAAAAGAGGAGUAUUCUCAGGGUGGGGAACUGCAGUUGUUCCAAACCGAGCUUCAAGUGAGCCGCUUGGCUGUCCACAGGAAUCUUAUUACACUACGCGGGUUCUGCAUGACUGCAACAGAACGAUUGCUCGUUUAUCCAUACAUGGCCAACGGAAUUGUAGCUUCGCAUGUCCGAGCGACUGAGCGUCGGGAUUCACAACCCCCACUUGAUUGGCCCACUCGGAAGCGGAUUGCACUGGGCGUAGCCAGUGGGCUUAGCUACCUGCAUGAGCAAUGUGAUUUUAAGAUCGUCCAUGCUGACGUGCACUUAGCAAACAUACUAUUGGACGAGGAUUUUGAAGCAGUCGUGGGGAAUUUUGGGCUAGCAAAGUGCAUGGACCACGGAAACAGUAUUAAUAUACCUGUCUAUAGGACGGGUGGUUACAUCGCCCCCGAGUACGCAUGCACGGGAGAGUUGUCAGAAAAAACAGACGUAUUUGCUUACGGUGCCAUGCUGCUGGAGCUUGUUAGUGGACAGGGGGCUUUCGCACUUGACUGGGUUGCCGGUGAGGAGGAUCUGACGUUGCUUGCCUGGGUGAAAGGCUUUCUGAGAGAGAGGAGAUUGGAGGAGCUGAUUGAUUCUGAUAUGCAAGGAAAUUACGUCGAAGAUGAGGUGCAGCUACUUAUCCAAGUUGCUCUGAUGUGCAUCCAAGGCGAUGCCACGGAAAGGCCAUCGAUGUCCGAGGUGGUUGAAGUGUUUGAAAGAGAAGGCUUAACAAAGAGGACUGGCAGAAUGCGGAACCCCGCGUUUUGACAUACCCAUAUACACACUUAUUAUUAUUAUUUCUUUUCUACCCGAGAAGCUUUUCCCCGCCUUUCCAUUUACUUUUACAAUUUAUAGGUUUAUUUAUGUGGGCUGGAUAUUUAUUUAUUUAUUUUAGCUUAUACACAUUAUAUUCUUUAUUAUGUUAUAUCUAUAAUUUUUUUACCUAAAGUUAAUGUGAUAUAUGUUAGAGCUUGUAUGAA